AUGUUGAAGGUGCCGACAGGCGCGGGUGAUGGAUGCGCCAUCGACACGUCGGCAUCAUUGACGGAAGUGGGUCAGGAGCAUGCGCUCAUCAUGUACAUGGGUGUCUCGACGCCCGAGAAACCUCGUUGUCAGUCUGCUAUCUGCGACCAGGUCGUUAGUGAUUAG